GCCCCCCCCCCAAAAAAAAAGUCACAUGAUUGUUUACGAUAGUGUGUUUAAAAACAUAUGCUUCCAAUAAUUCAACGUUAUCUGGUGACUGUUGUGAACACGUACACUUUUUUGUGAACAUUUAGGAAAAUAUACAACGAAUACUAUCGGCUGUUUAUGCAAGAAGAAUGAAAAAUGUAGAUAUUCAAUCCACGUCGACGUAGGUGUUUUAGUAUAUACUAUUUUAGUCUGGAAUAACCGUAAGUUUUUAAACAAAGUAAAAAAGUAAAAUGCUUGCAAUUCAAGGAAAUUGCACUGUCUGCAAAAAUGAUUUGGACAUAAUAACAGCAGGAAUGGUAUGUAGUGUGUGUGAGAAGUUCUAUCACGGCAUGUGCAUGCAUCCUCCGAAACGUUAUGAACAAAUUGAAGAAUAUGUUAUAAACACAAGAGAAUGGGUAUGCGAAAGAUGCCCCUCGCCUGAUCACGACUUUGAAGUCAGGACUGGUGAAGAUAAGGAAAAAGUGCGCCAAAACGCAGAAAUCCUUUUUCAACUACGCGAAGCUAUCAUGAUGAUCGACGAAAUAGUCUCGGUUAUCACGCGUAAGUGUGACUACUUAAGUACCAGCGCUAAAAUGAUCAGAAAACAGAACAGCGAGCUGAGGCAGCGAAUAAAUUUACGCGAGGCCCAGAGUGAGCUUCCGGUCACGUUAAAAAGUUGGGUUCAAACAAGGAGGAUGCUCAAAAUAGGUGAAGUUCUACCAUCUGUCCGUUCAAAAUAUUCCAGUCUCGAUUUCUACAGAUUAUCAAAAAGAUAUACGCAUUUCAAAAAAGAUUCGAACAUUGGUGGACCGAUACGUAAACAUCGAACCUUUGUAUACAAAUUUCUGAUAAAAACGCCAAAACGUAAAAAAAAGCAUAAGGUAUUGGAAAAAUUGGAUGCUCCUCCGUUAAGAAAAAAGAUGCUGAUGUUUUUUUUAAAGAUCGAUGAGCACCAUAUGAGGUGGCCGACCCAACUGAUACUUUUUGCUAGUCUCAUCCUACAUACAUUUGUAGGAGCAGUAGUAUUGUACGUGAUCGAAGGAUCACACGAAAAAAAAUUUCAAGAGAAGAUAUUGUCAAGAAGAUCUUCAAUUUCGAACGAAUUUUCAAUGGUACACAAUACUUUUUCAAAACUCGAGUUUAAUAACAGCGACUCGCUACUACAUAAUAUUUCAGCUAACCUACUUUCGUCAUAUUAUGAUUUUAUCGAGAGUGUGAUUCUUAAUCACACAAGAAAUUCAGGUUUCAUUGUUAAAGACGGAAACUGGGAUUUUUUGGGGAGUCUUUUCUUCUGUGCAACGACUUCAAUGACUGUCGGAUUUGGAGACAUCGUGCCUGUGACAGAUUCUGGAAAAAUUUUCACAAUUAUCUACGCUUUGACAGGAAUACCCCUCUUUCUAACUUUUGCCUCUUCCCUUGGUAAAACCUUUAACGAUUUCAUGCAUCUCGGUUCGAAUAAAAUUUACCUACGUCGAAAGUCUACAUUAUUUGGGUAUAAUUACGAUGUGGACGAAGACUUCAGUGGAUUCCCACUUUGGCUUUUUUUCGUUUUGUACAUUGUAUAUGUCUUUGUAGGAUCGGUACUAUUCAUGAUCGGCGAGAGCUGGAAUUUUUUCAAAUCCUAUUAUUUCGUUGUUUUAACCUUGGCAACCAUUGGCUUAGGUGAUGCGAUCCCAAAGAAUAGGAAAUUCUUGCUUGGUUCAAUAAUGUUUCUUAUUGGGGGGCACGUCAUGACGGCCACAGCCAUACAUAUGAUAAUGUGGAAGUUGAGAAAAAAGUUUAAAAUAAUAAAUACGAAACUGGAAACCAGAGCUUCGGAAUAUUACGAUAGGUGACUUUCUAUCACAGUUGGAACCUAGUGGCGAAGUCAACGAAGAAAAAUAAUAAAAUAAAACUUGUCUUUUACCUAAAGGC